AGGAGCCAAAAGAAGAAGAGAAAACAGUGCCACGAAAAUGGCGAAAACUCCAUCGGCUUCCAUCCUCCUCUUGUUGCCUCUUGUCUUCCUUCUCCUAUCAAUAGUGUGUAAAGCAGCCGCCGGUGAUACAACUCCAUGCACGCGGCCGCCUUGCUCUGGAAAGCAGAGUUGGCCGGAGCUCGUCGGGAAGGACCAGAAAACGGCGUACACUAACAUAAGGAACGAGAACCCGCAGGUGACGGACGUCGUGUACCUGAUUUCGAAUGUGCUUGGGCACGUUCUCCGAAAAAAUAAUGUGCUUGGGGCAGCCGGCGACGACGACUUCUGCUGCAACCGCGUGGUCGUGGUACUAGGCGCUCUGGCCUCCGGCGGUGAAGGAGUCAUCAAGGUGCCACGAGUUGGCUAGAAUUAGUGCCUGAUGUAUGUACAUGGCAAUAAUGUAAGUGACAAAUCAAUAAAUUUGUUAAUAAGUUGCUGCA